CGGUUCACGGGACCCCACAGUCUCUCUUCUACGCGGAGCGAGUCCGCGGUGUUGUUAGCGUGCUGCAGCCGGUUUGCCCUCCCUUCAUUCACUCGUGAAACGCGCGCUCUGCCAUCGAGUAUCGAGAGCUUGCACUUCUCUCCUGAGUAUACUGGCUAGUUUGUGCUUUUUCGUCCUUCGUUCUUUCGAUUCUGUGGACUCUAGUGCAAUCGCAUCUGUUCAAAAGCUCGGAAGUUUGCUUGGAAGGAGAAAGGAUUUCACUGCUGACUUGUAUUUUGACUUGCAUUGCUAAUUGCUUAAGUCAACGGCGAUGGGACAAGUAAGGCUGUGAAUAAAAGUAGAUAUUACAUAUUUGAAAUCAGGUGAUCCGACUACUCGGAACCUACCUAUUAAUCGUGCGUUUUAAGAUUAUAAAAUAAGCACGAACUAUGAUUUCCAGCAGUAGAAAAAUCCGACGUGUGUCGGACUAUUUGAAACUCGACAAACUCAUCGUCUGGCUGUGGAUAAGUGGCAUAUUCUUGACUUUGGUAUCAUCACAAGACAACUUUUACGCAAGUGGGCGUUUUGGCAAACGAAAAUAUGCUCUUUCAAUGUCGCAGAUCCCUUUGUGCAGCAAAUUCGACCGCAGCGAGGAUCGCAGUGCUGGCAACAGUCUGAAGGAUUCGUCGCUUUUCUCGUCGGCCAGAUUUGGCCGCAGCGAGGAUCGCAAUACUGGCAACAGCCUCAGAGAUUCCUCAUCCUUUUUCCCAGCCAGAUAUGGCCGCAGCGAGGAUCGCAGUACUGGCAACAGCCUCAGGGAUUCCUCAUCCUUUUUCCCAGCCAGAUUCGGCCGCAGCGAGGAUCGCAGUACCGGCAACAGCCUCAAGGAUUCCUCAUCCUUCUCCCCAGCCAGAUACGGCCGCAGCGAGGAUCGAAGUUCCGGCAACAGUCUGAAGGAAUCGUCGUUCUUCUCACCGGGUAGAUACGGACGCAGCGAAGGCCAUAAGAACCCGAAGGAGUUGCCAAAGUUCUUCGAGAUCAAGCCGCGAGUCGAUCAAUUUUUCAUAGGCAGCCGAUACGGCAAACGAUCCUUGUCAAUGCUGGAACCGCAACCACCUCUGGAAGCGCUGCACAACCAACGCUUCGAGGCCGCGAUCGAUUAUCUUGAUCGGAUCAAGCAGAAUCUCGCGGAGGCCGAGGAGAUCGAGGACGAGACGAGGGACGCUUCUCGGGAUGACGAGCUCGUCGAGGCGAUCUAUCCUAAUGACUACACCGGACUUAGUAAGAUUUAAAUUUCGGCAAUUGAGCGAUGUCUUCUUAUUCCCUUUUGUUCGACGCGAUCGAGCGACGGAUUUUGUUUUAGCUUCUACUCGUAGGUAUAUAAGCAGGCUGUACCCAAAAUGGAUAUGUGGUGUUAAGGCUGGGCUAUUACCUCGGUUAUGAUUUUGUGUGGCAUCGUUAGAUUUUGUUUCUCGCUUUAGUUCCGUGUGUUGCAGCCCAGCGAAUUUUUCUCUAAUGUAUACUUCUAGUCUCGGUAUCGUUCCGUAAAGUUAUGCGUGGUUUUGACUGUGUUACACAGUUACAUAACAAUAUAUUAAAAUAUUGAUUUACAAACUUCGGUCAAUUGAGUCUAUUAUUACCCGUGUCACACCGCGUUGUUACGAUCAGACUGAAGUUUUAUACGUCGUAAAUACAAUCAUUUUAUUUGACGAAACUUAUUUCUUGUGUAAGUUAUAUAUUUUAAAUAAAUAAACAUUAAUUGCAUAGUUUUAUAAAUUAAUACGCUUUAUCUUCACACACUACACACAGGAAUCCUUGCUGUUUUUUUUCCUUCAAUUACUUACGGCUUAGCUUUAGCUAAUUUUAUGAUAACAGUGAUAAUGAAUAGCUGAACGAAUGUAUCACACAAUAUAUUAUAACUAAAGUAAAGAAGUUGCACGUGUAAAAAA